AUGCUUGUUGUCGUACAGCACUCACACGAAUUCACUCCAGGAAUCCACCCUGGAUCAAUUGGUGUUGACGUGUUCUUCGUCCUCUCUUCCUUCCUCCUAACCUGGAUCUUUACGAAAAAGAGCAUGAAGUUAUUCUAUCGAGGCGCAUCUCGCCGCACAUGGGCGUUCUCUUUGGCCGACUAUUUCCAGAAGCGGUUCUUUCGAGUGUAUCCGCUGUUUUUCGUGACAGUGAUUGUGCUGUCUCUAAUGACAGCUGAAGAUCAGCAACUCUAUUUUAUUGGAAAUCGUCCACCGUUCGAUAUGCUCAAGACACUGACAUUCGAAUUCGAGUAUCGCUAUCAUGUCUUUUGGACGUUGCCCCUGGAGAUUGAGUACUACUUCGUAAUUCCGUUCUUCGUCUUGGCUGUAUUGGGAAUGCGUCGCUUUUGGCUGGUAGCCGCCAUCCCACUGACUGUGUGGAUCGUACACGAAGGAGUCUACACGUAUAGAUCCAACCACAUGCCUUUGAGACCUCACAUUUCGACUUUUCUCACUGGUUCCCUGGCUGCCGUGAUUUUUGUAAAACUGGAUACGUGGAUCAAGAGGACCGAGUUCGUAUUCCAGUGCGUAUGUGUCAAAGGAUUGCUCUUUACUUGGGUGCACGAGAAUCCCGCGCCUGCCCUCAAAGGGGACCCCUACAUCAGUGCGUUCUUGGCAAUCAUUUUCGUAAUCGAGAUGAUCAAACCAUCCUGUGUGUCGACGAUGCUUGAGUGGAGUGUCCUUCGCUUCUGGGGCAAGAUCAGUUUCUCCGUCUACUUGAUGCACUCGUUUGUGAUUUAUAACCCGACAGUGAGCGCGCAGCCGAACUACUUCGACCGGUUCUUCUCCAGGAUGAUUCUCAUUAUGGCACUUUCGACUGCAACGUAUUAUCUUGUCGAGUACCCGUCGCUGCUCUUCGCUCAAAGAAUGUCCAAGCUCCUCGCAAACGCAGAGAAGACAACAAAGAGCGGCGUUAAGUAGCAACCCAAAUUUAGCCCUCUGUUGGUGUUUUUCAAAACAAAACCUGUUUAAAUUGAAAAAAAUAUGGGAUCAAUUGAGUUGAA